AUGGCUGAGGGCUUUCCUGGAUUGGUCAGAAAGAUAUCGAGGGUUACCAAGCGUAUAAGGUCGUCAGAAGAUUUGAAUGCAGAUUGCGAUGAGGAACUCACCCCAAUGGUAAACCUAGGGCCGGCGGUCGACACGACUUCAGAGUUACCCCCAUUUAUGAAGAAUGUCAGCUUUCGUGAUAGACUUAUGAACCAAGUGAACCUAACCAAAAACACUGGUAUUGCUGUGGAUUCCUUGGAGGUAGACUAUGUAGAUCUGAUUGAUGAAGAUGAUGUCGAGAUAUCACGUGGUACGCGAGGCCCAAGUAUCCAAUUUUCAGAUCGAGCGAUGACCCGUUUUUGCCAACCUUAG